AAAAAAAAGAAAAGAAAAAAAGCUCUGGAGGUGGUACCUUGUUCCUCAAGUUGGGAUUUCUCUCUAUAAUUUCGGCUGCAAGAAGCAGAGUUCGAGAGAGGAAGAAACCGCUGAAGCUGAAGCUUGACAACCAUGGCUAGGUACGAUAGGGCAAUCACAGUCUUCUCACCCGAUGGCCAUUUGUUUCAAGUCGAAUACGCUCUCGAAGCUGUGCGCAAGGGCAACGCCGCCGUCGGUGUUCGCGGCACCGAUACCAUCGUCCUCGGUGUCGAGAAGAAGGCUGCGCCUAAGCUCCAAGACUCCAGAUCUGUGAGGAAAAUUGUGAAUCUUGAUAACCACAUUGCACUAGCCUGUGCUGGACUCAAGGCAGAUGCACGUGUAUUGAUAAAUAGAGCUCGUAUUGAGUGUCAAAGCCAUCGGCUUACAGUUGAGGAUCCAGUAACUGUUGAGUACAUUACUCGUUACAUUGCGGGUCUUCAACAGAAGUAUACUCAAAGUGGUGGAGUGCGACCAUUUGGGCUUUCAACCUUGAUUAUAGGUUUUGAUCCAUAUACUGGCGCACCAUCACUGUACCAGACAGACCCUUCUGGGACAUUUUCUGCUUGGAAAGCAAAUGCAACUGGUAGAAACUCCAAUUCGAUAAGGGAAUUCCUAGAGAAAAAUUAUAAGGAAACUUCUGGACAGGAAACCGUGAAGCUUGCUAUCCGUGCAUUACUUGAGGUUGUUGAGAGCGGAGGGAAGAACAUAGAAGUUGCUGUGAUGACAAAGGAGCAUGGACUGCGACAAUUGGAAGAAGCUGAAAUCGAUGCUCUCGUUGCAGAGAUUGAAGCCGAAAAAGCAGCUGCUGAGGCUGCAAAGAAGGCUCCUCCCAAGGAAACAUAAUAUCUCAUUUCUUCCAUUUCUUCGGGAGUUUUUAAAUCUUUUACUUUUCUGGUGUAGUGAGACGUGGACCGUUAAAUCUUAUUCUGAACUUUCAAAAGUUACCAUUUUGUGUAUCAUUGACACGACGUGGUCUCUGAAAAAUGUCUGUAAUCCAUCAAGCCUCUUUCAAUGGGAUAGCAAAACGAUUUGAGAUGUA